AUGAGCUUCAUGAACGAUUUCAUACAGGCGACACAGAAAGACGUCGUCGAAGAAGUCCAGAAACUCGUCGAAGAAAAGGGUAUCAAAGAAAAAGUCCUUCAGGAAGCCCAACAAAUCGCUCAGAAAACUGCCAACCAUUUACUUGAUAACAAUGCACCACCACCAGAAACAUACCAAGGUAUCGAUAUUUCAAACGAAGAUGACUUGGAUGAAUAUCUUCUUGUUCUUGAAUAUUUAGAAUCUAUAGGAUUUAAAUUUGCUCCAUCAGUAUUACGCUACGAAUCUCAGCAUCCAGAACAGAUGGUUAACCGCAAGGCUCUUUGCACUAAGCUUGGUCUUCGCAGCUACGAUAGAACACCUUUACUUGUUCAAUUGAUAGAAGAACGUCUUAACUCUUUUCAAGAUGAAGAAGGAGAGUAA